UUAAAAAUCUUAUUAAAUACAUACAGAAACAUCUUUAGGUUGAACAAAUAUCUAUCUAAAAUGUGAAAAUAAUGUUAAUAAAACUAGCGUUAACAUUCGUUUUGUUUUAGUGGCUUUUGUUGACAGCAUGUUGACAGUGUGAUAUAGUAACUAAGGCUAUGGCGGCGGAAUCCGAACCAAACCAAUCAAAACCAAAAACGUUUGAGAAUGGAUGGAUUGUCUGUCGCUCACAAAAGCGCCCGGGAUUAUUGUAUGACUUCAACACCUUGACAGGUGAAGCGCAAUGGCGAGACCCCGACAAAAGUGCUCACCAUACAGCCAUCGUGGAUAAAAAUAAGGUUCCAUUUGAAUGUCAUGAACCAACUGAGCCACCAAUGGAGCCAAAAAUUCGUAAACAGUCAAAACAGGGCAGCCCUGCCCCAAACAUUUACAACAAACAGAUUAUAAAUAAUCAGUUUCCAGCUAAACCAUUUGCGCUAGCUCCUUUUGGCAAUUCAGUUUGUGCCUCAUAUAGCCUGAUAGACCCCAACAAUGUGAAUACUAUGAAUGCCGCACCUGUGUGGGUAGGACCAACAACACCCCAAGUCAUACUUGGUCCCUCACCUUUGAAUCCGUUAUUUACUUAUGGUGCCAUAGAAAACGUACAGUUUCAAAACUCAUCGCUGACUUUGAGUAAUAGAUUUCAAGUUUUAAACCAGUUAAAUACUGAAUGCCCUAUUGGUAUGAACUUGCGAGGUGAAGGUACUAGUAACCACGAAAGUUAUAGCCACCAACAGCCGCAUCAAAAUCAUAAGCCCUGGCAUCAAAGGCAUCAAAGACCUGCAAAUAAGAAUUUACAUAUGCAUGCUGAUCUAAGAAGUAAACUGAGUAGUAGAAAAAGGCAGGACCUUAAAGCUCAUGAUGCUAAUGUUGCAGUUCAACCUGAAAUCAAAAAGGAAGAUGCAUCAGUUAUUGUCACAGAAGAUGAACUAAAUCCAGAUGAUGAUGAUGAAUGGUUGAAGGCACAUACUGAUGGUGAAGGAAGAGAGUUGAACAUGGACAUCGAGAGCUUUUGGGAGUUGGCUGACAUUUGCACAAGUCGCGACUGCUGUUAUAUUAUACCCACCACAAGAGUGCUGCUGAACAACAUGAGAUUUUUGACCAGUCUUGUGAUAUCAGACAAUCGUCUCCGGCUGUUGACGCCGCGCGACGUGGUGCGUACGCUGCGUUGCGCUGCAUUCUCUAGCAACGGUCGCUUGGCGGACUACGCGAGCCGCGCGAGGACGUUCGCCAUUCGCCAGAUGAGGAAAUUUCCUGACAAUGUAAAGGACGCACCCAAUGUUAAAGCUUGUUUGGAAUUGAUUGCCCCGAAUAUACACGUGGUCCGUCUUGUCGACGAAAAAGAUAUGAUAAAUCAAGAAGGUAUCAAUGAUGGUACAAUUACAGUUUCUGAACUGAAGCAGUAUUUAACUCGAAAUUCAACCCCGAAAUCAGCACCUGUCCCCAAAAUGCAGACUAUCUGCGAAAAAAUUAAAAUAACAGUACCAAAUGCCAAGGACAAACCUGAGAGUUCAACACGAGUAGUAGAACCCCGAAUCCAAGUAGAAGAGAGCUUAGAGAGCUCUAGUAUAUGUAAUUCAACUACGAACUCAACCACUGUAGAAUCUCCAAGACCCGACACUGAAAAAACUGGGCAAAAAGAGAUAGAAAUCCAAACUAAUCUACCAUCACCGCCAGGAAAGCGAACUGCAAACGCGUGUGUACAGACAGAUUUAGUUUUUACAACACCGACGUUUGAGAUAAACCCAAAUAAAAAUAAAACCAGCGAAGCGGUUAAUACCAAUGAAGAGUUAAGUGAUAAGCAGACAAAUUUAAAUUUCACAUUGUCAGAAAUAGGGCACAAGGAAAUUAAAGCCAGUGCUAUAGAAGAUACGGAUGCGGCUCCUAAUAAUGAUAAAGCAACCACAGCAGCGCCACGAAAAAUCAGACUUAAGAGGCUACAAAAUUCAAAUACUAGCGCUAACACAGAGGAGAAAAAGCCAUUCAAAUGGCGCAAGAGAAAGAACACCCAGCAAGCAACGGUGGUCGAACACGAACAGGGCUCUCUAAAUAGCAACAUCAAUACAUCUUCUUCCACCAGCCACUUAACCCAAGAAAAUAAUGACUCCUUGGAUAACUGCAAGUUUAGCGACGUAAGUGCUGAGGAGAAGGUCGAUGAAUCGUUUACCUCGGGUGUGAUUUCUAAUUCCAUUGAUUCCGAAAAGCAAUCAAUCCAAAAUGAAUUGAACACGGACCAAAGCAUUGUAGUUUAUGAGGUCACAAGUGAUUCUAUGGCAGAUCGACUUAUCUUGAGGAGCGAUGAGUGGAUGUCACGGUUCGUGCAAGUAAUGGAAGAAGUUCUUUCUCAAGUGCUUCUAUUGGACCCGUCUUUUAAUGAUGCGACUUUGCCUCCGCCGUGGACUUUUUACGAGGCUACGGUAUGCGUUAGACGGAAAUUUGCAAAAGAACGAAAAAUCGUCUAUGCCGCAGAGAAAUUGGCUAUGUUCCUUUUGAAAAACAACGAUGAUAGAGGGAACAUAGUGACAAAAUUAAGCCCUACGGAUUUCAUGGAAAUGUACACCUUUGGCGUAAAUUUAGUCAACAAACUGCAGUCUGUGUUGAACGAUUGUGAAGAUGUGCACAUAGCAUGUCAAACAUUAUCUCAUUUGCUAAACGACAUUCGGGAGCCCAAUUUAGACGAGUCCUGUGAUAUGGAAACAUUCAAUUACGACGAGCCAAACCACUCGCCUAAUUUCAGCGAAGCAGUAACAGAUAUGUCGACAAUAAUCUCAGGCUUCCCACCUAUGUCAGUCAACAACAAAUCUAGAAACAAAGAGAAAAGCCAGUCAUGCAGCAACUCUCCAGCAAGAUAUAGUCUAAGGUCCGGUCGUUCUGAGCAGAAGAAGAAACAGGAGGAAGAACAGACACAGACUAAUGCUGUAUGUCAUGAAAACAAAAAAUAUACUUUGUUUUCUAGUCUUGGACUGCAAAAAAGGGAGAUCAAAGUGGAUAGUAAAAUUACUAAGACUAUUUCUAAUUAUCCUAAAGACCAACAACCUAAAUCACUUUCACCUUUAACGCCAACACUUGAAGUUUCCGAGAUAUCCCAAGGCCCAAAACCAAAGAUUGUUAGAAAUUUUAAUGUAUGUCCCGAAUUUGAGAUAAAAUUAAAGGACAAAAUCUGUAGUAAUGCUACUGACAAUAAUGUUGAUAAUGAUUCCCUCGAAGUUGAAUGUGUAGCUGAGAAUUUUAUGCCAGAAAAUGUGGGUUUUGCAGAAGACGUUGAUUUUUCAAAGGACAGUUUCACCAACGAUAAUUUUUUUUACUAUGAAGGUGCCAUGUCUGAGACGACGAAAAUGAAUGUUGACCUGAACUAUACAUAUAUACAACCGCCCAAUGCUGAUUGCAAAUUGAAACAGGUUCUUAGGAGAAUAACGUACAAAUACCGCAGAUGGUUAAUAGAUCUGCAAACAUUCUGUGAGGCUACAAAUGCUACCUUAAAAAGUCCAGAUUAUCAGCAACAGGAUUACAAAGCUAACAUGAUAGAAAAGAUCACGCAAGUUGGUGAACACGCGAACAGUGUGUGUCACCGAUUGAAAUGUAUAUUGAAACGCGAUCCCAGUGUAACGAGUAACAAAUUCCGCGAUAUGUUGAAGAGUUACGGAUUCAUUGAUUUUAAUAUGAGCGACACACAGGUGACUGAUUAUCGAGAAGAGAUUGCGAAGUAUUUGGAGCUAGCGGAACGACUAUUAACAUGCGUGUCCCGACUUGUCGAAGCUGUCAAGGCGAAAUGAUGGAAUUUUCAUUGUUUACUACAUGGGUCAUAUUUGUGGUCAUGCCAUGUUUACUACUGUAUGGGUCGAGCUCUGACCAUGAAUCGAAAUUGCUCGUGGGCGACGACACUAGCCCACAUCCUUUUAAAUAAUUGUGUGCCAGAGAUGUGCUAUACGGAAUUCGUAGGGCGAAAACCUGGAAUCCCCGAUUUUGUACAGAAAACCAGUAUCGGGAGCACACCCUAGUUCUGCCUAGUGCGAUUUGCGACUUGAGGGCCAGUGUUGUCACCCCAGUCUAAGGACCUAGUCACUUGCAUGUGCAUUGUUUGGAAAGUAAUGUGUGCCACUUAAUUAAUAUAAAGCGAGCUGGAAAAGUGUAUUUCCCACUUUAUGAAUGAAUUCAAUUCACAAAGUGGGUAUGCAGUUGUGUGUACUUGAUGUGGAAUCUUUAUAUUUACUUAUGCGUGGCGUGCUAAAGUGGAUGUAUUUUAUAGCCGUCUCUAAAGUUAUGUAAUAUUUUAUCCCACACAUUUUAUUUUUGUUAAAAAUUUUAAAUGUAUAAAACUAUAAUGUGAUGUUAAGUGUAAUUAUAAUGGGACAAUAUGUGUAUGAAAUAUUACAGGUCCCAUAAUAUUGUAAGAGUACUAAUUAUUGUACUGAAUAUAGAAUACAGCUAAACUAGCGAGGUGUUCAAAAUGGUCUUCACGCAGUCUUAUUCUUCCAACAAUAAAAAAAUGGUUGUCUGGAAAGUCGGUUUACGGAAGAGAAUUUUGCGUGAUAACGUCAUAAGAAAACAUUCAUGAAAAAUUGCAUACUUUUAUGUAUGAAUUGAAUUUAAUUAUUAUCACUGAAUUAUCAUUAUUUUGUAUCAUUGAAAGAAGGAGUUACCAUAGAGAUCUGUCCACAACGUGGCCGUAACGUUACCAUGGAAAUCUGUCCACAACUUUUUCGUGCAUGCUACCGGUGUUCAUCAAUUUAUAAGACGUUAUCACGUCAGUAUAUUCAGAUCAUUUUGAUCACCUCGCCCGCUUUGCUUCUACUAGUUUUGCUGUUGACUUAACAUGAAUGCAAAGCUGAUACAAUGAAGGCCAUAAAAGGCUUUUAAAUUUCAUUGAUGUAAUCAAGAACCAUCCGAGGGUAGGACUUGGGCUGGGGGGCUUAUUUCUGCAUAUUCGGCCGUUUCACGAAGAAAGGACGCCACGAGCAAUUUCGUACAUUGGCCUGCCAUGUUUUUAUCUCUUUCUAACGCGCGUAAUUAUAACGAUGGCACGCCCAUGAUGCUUGCGGUCAAUAACACUGUGCGAGCGGGACAGGAAUGUAAUUAUUCGCGUUCGAUAGAGAACAUUAGGCGCGUCCAUUUACGAUAUUCCUUCUGCUAAGCGUCCUUUCUUUAUGAUUGCGCGCUUUGACGGAAAAAGUAUGUCAAAUAUCAAAUAUCAAACAUUUAUUCAGCAAAUAGGCCACAGGGGCACUUUUACAUGUCCAUUUUUACAAACAAUAAAUUAAAAAAAAAAACAAUUACAAAUAUCGAAUCUAUGAAAUAAUAAAUACUUUAUUAGAGAUGUAUACUGCCUCUAAAUGUCAAAUUACACAAAAAAAACAAUGAUAAAAAUAUAUAAUGUCAGCAUCAGUUACCGUACCAUCAGUUACAGUCAUUACAGUCGCCGUAACGACAUCAUUGACAAAGGUUGCCAAGAUUGGAGUAAUUUCCAUUGUCCGUCGUACCUUACCACCUCUUCUUAAUUUUUAUGCCAAAAUGUAAAACGUCCCUCUUCUUUUUCCGUUCCGUUAGUCAACUAGGAAACUUAUAGUUUCGCCAAGUCCGUCUGUCUGUCCGUCCGCGGGUUUGCUCUGUGAUCGUUAGUGCUAGAAUGAUACAAAAAUCAUGCAUGGCGUCAGAACGGUAAAAUAAAAACUACAAAAAAAAACUUUUUUGGGACCUUUCAAAACUUUUUAAAACCAUUUUUUCGCUUUAACCCAAUGGUGUGGCGCAGGGCCCUUACUUUUCAUGCCAUUGACGCAAAAAUGACGUAAUUUAACAUACAGGGAGUUGUUUUACAAUACUACAAAUUUAGAUAACUUACUUAUUGACGGGUAUCAAAAUAAAUACUUGUUACGAGAAUAAAAGCUUGUUACACUGUUAAAAAUCAAAAAUAUGUAUUAUUUAAUAAAUUAAUAAUCUAUUAUUUAUUUGAGUGACAAUAAGAUGAAAGUCAGUUAGACGUUUCUGUACUGAUUGUCAAGUAUAUGAUAACUUACCUAAAGAGGUUGAUAAAUGAUUAAUUAUUACGAAAAUAUUAAUUGGAAUCAUACUCUAUGUAGCGUGACGUCAUUUUUCUGUCAACGGCAUGAAAAGUACGGGCCCUGCUGUGGCGUAUCGUUGCCAUCAUUGGAUAGGUCUUUCAAAACGAAUAAGGGUCUCCAACAACAUUUUUUAAAAUAAAGUGAAUAUUUUUCGAACUCCCUUAUGCUUGUAAUGUACAUGAUACUAAUAGCCGCCGUUUAGCCCAUUCUAGCAGAAUGGUAACUACGGAACCCUAUAAUGAGCAUGGCCCGUUUUACUCUAGGCCGAUUUUUAUUUCCAAAUAUGUUAUACUAGGUAAUAAACUAACGUAAAGCCCCUCUUGCAGUUCAUAUCCAUACUAGAAAUUUGUAGCCAGACCGAGACAAGUCUGCAACGAUAUUGAUAGCAUACGCAGUGCAAGUGUUAUUUCUACGUCGUUCAAAGAAGUUUCACUGUUAUUAUAUUAUAUUAUUAUUACCUCAGAUCAUAUCUUAUAUCUAUGAUUAUUACAUUGCAAAUAUUCAGUUUGUUUACUCCUGUACCACUAAUAAUUAAAAUGUCAUGGCAAUAUUAGAAAUGUAUUUAUUAAUUUAUUAAAUAGUAUGUAUUAUAUCAAUUACAUGCGUUUUUGUAUUUACACGUGUACCUACAUACAAGAAGGGCUUUACUUGAGCAUGUUUUAUCGUUAUUUUUUAAAACUUAGUUAUAUAAAAUUAUAAAUGUUGACUUGGUGAGUCAUUUUUAUAUUGUGUUUUUGUAUUAUAUUUAAUUGUAAGAAGGUCAAGUUAGGCUCUUUAUAAUAAUAUGUAAUUGUAGGUAUAGUUGACAUUUAAUAAACAUCACUGCGUUUUUUUAACA